UUCAAGAUGGGUACACUCGAAGAAGCAAGAGAAAGGAGAAGAUCAAUUUAUCGACGAUGUCACCGCAGGCGCAGAAGGAGACUGCUAACAAAACCUUAGGAAAGCGAGCUUCGAAGAACCAGGACCGCAGUCGCAGGGCCUCUUCCGAGAGUCUUAGUCUCGAAGAAAUCAAUGCGGAUCUGAACCGACUGGAGGCGGAAAUGGCAGAAAGGAAACCUCAACGAGCCUCAUGGAAGAAGAAGAUUCUAAAGAAAAGAUGGGCGGAUCUUAAACGCCUGGAAAGGGGCUGGGAAGAGGUGAAAGGACGAAUUCGUUCUACGGCAGAGCAGAAGUUGAAGGAAGAACAAGAAGACAUUGCUCGGAAGAGAGCAAUGAAUGAGGAGGAGAUAGAGGAGAUGAGGGUCCUCAACGAGAUGCUCAAUCCUCUGGCCGCUGCACUCCUUGGUCAUCCGAUUCAAGAUCUGAUCGAGGAGGAGCCUGUCUUUUUUGCGGCCGGUUGAUUGGUUGAAGAUUGAGAGCCAAAGAGGGGGUUUACUUGACGCUAUAUAUUAUUAUAAAAAUAAGUGGUGGUUGCAAUAAUACCCAAUCAAUGAAAGAUUAAAUUGAGAUUUAGAUUGGCCCCCAUCUUUACAACCUUAGUUUGCUUGAUUAUAGUUUUGUAAUUUUAUGUUUGUCUUGGGUAAAAUAUGAGAUUGGAUAAACAAGACCUACCAUUUCAACACUAGAAAGAGCUCUUGAUGUAUGAUUGUUUUUCAAUAUAUAAUUUCCUUUUAUUAUC